UCGCGCGCCAUCUUUGUUUUUCGCGCGACGUUCCCGGAUCCUCCUCUGUUUCUUGUUGUUGUGGGUUUUGCGCGCACAUCAUCCCCCCGCUGUUGACUGAGUGACUGGCCACGCGUUCCCGCCAGAAGAUUUCCUCGCAAUGUCUGAUAAUGCUGAUAACAAACCCGAGGGUGAGGGAAACGAAUACAUCAAGCUAAAAGUAGUCGGGCAGGAUUCUAAUGAAAUUCACUUCAGAGUUAAAAUGACAACGCAAAUGGGCAAACUGAAGAAGUCUUAUUCUGAACGAGUGGGUGUGCCGGUAGCAUCGCUUCGCUUCCUUUUUGAUGGUCGCCGUAUUAAUGAUGAAGAGACACCAAAAGCACUUGAAAUGGAGAACGAUGAUGUCAUUGAAGUGUAUCAAGAACAAACUGGUGGUGUCCAUUGAUGGACAACAUUCCACAUGAUAGUUUAAGGAAUAGGUUUAAGAUUUUUUUUUUUUUAAUUUAGUUUCUUAUUUCCAUUAAUGCACACAAGACAUCUUAGUGUGGAGAUUCUGUAUUGAUGUUUUAUUUGAUUUUAUCCAUUAGAAGUACAGUAAUAUUUAUUUUUCUGUCAUCUUAAGCUAUGAUUGGAAUGAUGUCUGGUAAAUGUUAAUGGAGGUUAGCUAUAGCUACUACCUUAAUAUAUAAGAUACACAGAAUCUGAGAGGGAAGAUCCUUUUAUAUUAUUUUGUGAAUAGUAAAAAUCUUUUUAGUGUUUCAUACAUGUCUGUGUAAAAUUAGUAAACAGUUCUGUAUCU